AAAAAAGGCACCUGAAUGCCCUGGGAGGGAGCAGCAAAAUCUUUCAAGCUCCCCUUCCUCUCCGAUGCUCCAGCCACUCUCCAGCUAAGGGUGUCCUGGUGCACACCAGCAUUGCAGCCCUGGCUGCACACACCUGCGUGCAGGGAUGUGAGGAGCCUUUCUCACGUCAGGAAGAGAGUGCCACGUCCACAUCCUGUUCACCUCUCCUCAGGGCCUCCUCCCCACUGGGUGACAUUGCACAGCAUGGCCAGUGGCUGGGGCCUGAGGGCAGGGCCAUGGACAUCAUCCCAGGCACCUUGGAAUGCAUCCUCUGGGGGAGUGGGCUCGGGGAGCUGGCCCCUGUCUGGCCCCUGGUACAGCACACACAAGAUUCAGCUGUUUGGAGUUCUACUUGCUGCUGCUUCAAAUUUUCUCAUCAGUGUCUCUUUGAAUAUACAGAAAUGCGCUCACCUCCGACUGGCUUGCCGGGCAGAGCCGAUGCCCUGCUACAGGAGCAAGCUGUGGUGCUGGGGCAUUGCCCUCCUGGGGCUGGCAGAGCUGGGCAAUUUCACAGCCUAUGCACUCGCCCCCAUCGCUCUGGUGGCUCCACUGGGAUGUGUUUCUGUUGUAGGUAGUGCAUUUAUUUCUGUCUUUUUCCUAAAGAAGACCAUGAGGACUGCUGAUAUAUUGGGAGGAACGCUGACAAUAACUGGGAUAUACUUGUUGGUCACAUUUGCUCCAAAUGUACCUCAAGAGCUCACAGCAAGACAGGUGCAGAAUUACUUAGUGAGCUGGCCUUUUUUGGUAUAUUCAAUUUUAGAAAUUCUAAUAUUCUGCAUUCUCCUCUAUUUUUACAAAAGAAAAGCUGUGAAACACGUCAUGGUUUUGUUAAUGAUGGUAGCUCUACUGGCAUCACUGACUGUCAUUGCUGUUAAGGCUGUGGCCAGCAUGAUAGCACUUUCUGUGACGGGGAAAAUGCAGCUAACUUACUCCAUUUUCUCUGUCAUGAGUGUUUUAAUGGCAACUUCUUGUGCUUUCCAAAUCAAGUUCUUGAAUCAAGCAAUGCAUCUGUAUGAAGCAACAGUGGUUGUCCCCAUUAAUUUUGUGUUCUUCACCACCAGUGCCAUCAUUUCAGGGGUCAUAUUUUAUCGGGAAUUCCAAAGUGCAGCUUUACUGAGCGUGUUCAUGUUUCUGUUCGGGUGUCUCCUGUCUUUCCUUGGUGUGAUUAUAAUUGCAAAAAAUAAAAAAGAGGAAGAUUUACAAAUUCCUUUUAUUGACUGUGGACAUAUUCCUGGACAAAAACUGACAGGCAAAAUACAACCAGAUUCUCACUGUUCAUGCUAUGGCACACUGAAUAAGGAAGACGACUUGGUGAAAAGGCAAAGCUGAAAGAAGAAAGUGCUUUACAUGCCAAUUAACAGGAGGAACACCACUGGAACAAGGAGCAGUAACACCUUUUUAUUGAACAUAUUCAAGUGUACAUUGAACUCCUGCAUGUUGAUGAGUCAUAAUAUUAUUUAAUCCUAAUUAAUUUAUCCUAUGAUUGUACCAAAUGUAUCCUAAAGAUAAAGGAAGCCUUAACAAAAACCAAAUAGCCAUUAAUGAAAUUGAAUAUUCUCUGAGUAUCAAUGCCUCUUGAAGACAUUUUUAGACUUUUAAUUGCUUUUAAAUGCAAUGAGCACAGAGCAAGAUUAUAAAAAUUCCCCUUUGGAGCCCCUCAGAUCUGUGUAAAUGUUUAAAGACAAAUGUGAGAAAUUAGAAUUUUUGUUAGUGAUUUCAAAGUAUUCUGCUAUAUAUAUAUAAUACCUUUUAAACCCUUUCCUUCCUGUUCAGGAGCCAAAACUGUAAGUAUAUGUGAAGUAGACAGAAUUAUGUCUACUAAAAUAUAAAAAGAAUUUUGUAUUGGAUGUAGAACAAUCCUGAUUGUCUCCUGCCAUCAGAUUAAUUCUCUUAUCCUCCAGGGAAAUCAGUACCUGUGUGAGCAGUGGGAAGAUGGGGUUUGCCAUGAACACAGGCACAGGGCACAGGGACACAUUUGAGGUGCCCAGCCAAGGCAGGAUUAGGGUUCUAUACCUGACAUUUUACAUCCUCCCAGAGGAGUCCUGUGCACUGGGCUGUGCUGGGCUGGGCUCUGUGAUCUGUUAGCUCAGUCUGGUCUGAGUUUAAACUUCUGUUUUCAGCAAAAGAAGGUUUUAGUGAAGAAAAUACAUGGUUCUUCAGAGGAAGUGGGGUAGCCAGGGUCCCUCUCUUGGUAUGUCUUGGAAAAAUACCUCUAAAAAAGUAGGGCCACUCCUGUUACCACUGAUAAUUCUGCAUGAGGAAAGGCUGUAAAAAACAGGACCACAAGGAGUCACAGUAACUGUACAAUUUUCCCUUAAUUAAAUGGUUGUGUCUCCACACUGAUUUGAAGAGCCAGCAGGGAUGGGAACAAUGACAGUACAGGGGCUUUGUGUUCAGAUUUGGGACAUCUUGGUGUCUCUCUGUCCCAGUAUCCCAUCAAAAAGCUUCUUCAAGGAAUUCCUCAUGGAUGCACUCAUCCCUGUGUGGUACCAUUGAUCCACCUCAGGCAGCACAGGAGUGCUGGUCACAUCCUCUGCAUCAACAAGUGAAAGUGCUUUUGAAAAAUGUUCAUGUCUUGUUUUAGGAUUGAAUUAAUCUUCAGGAAUGGGUAGGGGCCACAGACUGGGUUUUCUUUGUUUCAGGUCUAUUUUUUCCCCCAAAUAAUUGUUUAUUUAAUUUUAAGAUAGGUACAGCUGAAGGUCCAUGAGACAGUUUCAUUCCAAAUGCUGCAAAGCACACACAGAGCUGCAGGAUUUCAUGUGCAGCAGUGUCCCAGGAACUAUGGCACUUGGGGACUUGUGAAACUGUUUUUCAAUAUGGGACUUUUCCAGCUGACACAGGACAACACUCUGUGUCUGCACCUGACUUGUACCACCUGCUUGGCUUGGCCUUCCUUUCCUGCCUAUCUUGAGUUCAAGCUUCUGAAGAUUAAAAUAAAAAAAGCACAUGACUUUUACAGGCUUUCUCCAGGGAGUAAGGACAUGCCUUUCUUUCUUUUGCAAGUCAAAUUUAAGCUGCUUUCCAAGCCUCCAGUGAGAGUAUGUGCUAAAGAUGGAAAUAAGAGGCCCACAGGUUUUCAUUCUGUGACCUGGGAAACGAAUGGGUGAAAGGAUUUGGUAUUGUUGUUUCUUUAAAUGAUUGGCCUUGGGCAUCUUUCUGAAACCUGUUUUCAUGGCUCAGGAGGGCUGCAGGAGGUAAUAAAGGUUACUAGGUGUAGGAUUUUCUCUCAAAAGCAAUAAAUCAAAUGUAAAAAUCUGUGGCAAAAGUUAUUUAUUUUAAAUUACUGGAUUUCUUCUUGAACAAUGGGGUUUUUUUCUUCCUGUGGGUUUAUUAAAAAAUUAAAAGGAUUAAAGUGUUUUAUUUUA